UACAAUUUGGUCCUUUCCAAUCAUCCGUGUUCCCUUCGACUUUUCUCCCUUCUUCCAUUUCUUCAUUCUUCUCCAUCUCCAUCCGCUCCCAACGAAACCGCACGCAAUGGCUCGAAGAUCCUUACCGCUCCUCAAGCACCUCCUCUCGCGAUCUGAACCCAACCCAGUCCGCCCCACGUUCCCGACCCGAUCCGUGACCUACAUGCACCGCCCAGGCGACGGGUACCCACGGCCGGUGACGAUGAUUCCAGGCGACGGAAUAGGGCCACUGGUAACCGGGGCGGUGGAGCAGGUGAUGGAGGCGAUGCACGCGCCGGUGUACUUCGAGAAGUUUGAGGUCCAUGGGGAGAUGAAGGUGGUGCCUCAGGAAGUGAUCGAUUCGAUUCGUAAAAACAAGGUGUGUUUGAAGGGUGGACUUGUUACUCCUAUGGGUGGUGGCGUUAGUUCCCUGAACGUGCAGUUGAGGAAGGAGCUUGAUCUCUACGCGUCUCUCGUUAAUUGCUUCAAUCUCCCUGGCUUGCCCACGCGCCACGACAACGUUGACAUUGUCGUUAUUAGGGAGAACACCGAAGGCGAGUACUCUGGCCUCGAACACGAGGUCGUUCCUGGCGUCGUUGAAAGCCUCAAGGUGAUAACGAAGUUCUGUUCAGAGCGUAUUGCUAAAUAUGCAUUCGAAUAUGCUUACUUGAAUAACAGAAAGAAGGUGACUGCCGUGCACAAAGCAAAUAUUAUGAAGCUUGCAGAUGGUUUAUUCUUGGAAUCUUGUCGUGAGGUUGCCACAAAGUACCCUGGAAUAAAGUAUAACGAAAUUAUUGUGGAUAACUGCUGCAUGCAGCUUGUUUCAAAGCCUGAACAGUUUGAUGUCAUGGUGACCCCAAAUCUUUAUGGAAAUCUGGUUGCAAAUACUGCAGCAGGCAUUGCUGGAGGCACUGGAGUCAUGCCUGGAGGUAAUGUUGGGGCUGAGCACGCUGUGUUUGAGCAAGGUGCUUCAGCAGGAAAUGUUGGAAGUGAUAAAAUAGUGGAACAAAAGACGGCCAAUCCGGUGGCGCUUCUUCUCUCGUCUGCUAUGAUGCUUAGGCAUCUCCAGUUUCCUGCAUUUGCUGAUCGUUUGGAAAAUGCUGUGGAACAAGUCAUUCUGGAGGGCAAAUACAGGACAAAGGAUCUUGGAGGGACAAGCACCACCCAAGAAGUUGUGGAUGCAGUGAUAGAUGCUUUAGAUUGAUUCAUUUGCUAAUUUCCCCAAAUGAAGUCAGCCUCGUAUAUUCUUUUCUAACUGAUUUUGCCAAACAUUGUUUUGCACCCAUCAAGUUGAAAAUAGCAAUUUUGGUCCUGAAUAAAGUUCAUGCAACACAGAAAACAAUGUAUUGUUUUCUUUUUCAACUGAAGAAUUUGUAGAGAAAGUGAUUAUUGUUUCCCACUCCUAUUUAAAAGCCGUGAUUCGGUAUAUUAUUAUGGCCCAGAUAUGUAUUUUAUAGUUCUUAGAAAGAAAACAAAUUGUUUGACAGUGAUUUUAGAAAUGAAAUGUUGUCUUGAAAAAGAAUUGG